GGAUCUCCCACUGUGUGAGUGAAACAGAAUUGAUGAUAAUUGGCUUUCCUAUUCUAAUCCAUGUAUUGGAUUCUGUUGUUGCAGCAAUCAGGAGGUCUAAGGCGGCAUGCGGCUGCUGCCGUGUCCUGCUUGUGAGGCUGGAGGAGGAACUGACAACCCUUCCUCCAGCUGAACGGCGCCUCGCCCGCCUGGCUCUGGGCAUGGGCGAGGAGGAGGAGAGGGCUCCCAGGCGCCCCUGCAAGGGGCAGAAGAAGACGGCGGCGUCCACCAGCCGCGGCGGUGGCGAGGUCAACGACCUUAAAAGGGCCCGAGACUAUGGGUUCCAUGUGAUGAACCGUGUGGAAGGGAGUUCCAACCGCCCCCUCCACAUGUGUCUGAUCUGCGGCAAGAUCCUCACAUGUAAGGUCGCUGACCACUACGCCUCAGCCCUCCACCGUGACCAAAACGUGGAUGCGGACCGAGCUCUAGCUUUCCACGGGGCAGUCCAGUCCCGUGGUGCUCGGGGUCCGUUCCACACGGACUCGGUGGCUGAUCUUUUCGAGGAGAGAAUCGCUCUCUUGGGGGAUCAGCGGGCCGGCAUCAAGGACGCCCUGGCAAUCUUGUGCCGUAAUGCCGGGGUCGCCCUGACGGACCGUGAGGCAGCCAGCCAGCCGCUGUAUGACCUCAGCACGGUGUUCAGAAGGGACGAGGACGUGCCCUUUCUUUGAGCGCCACCAGGAGGUCAUGGCGCAGGUCGACGCGGAGCUCAACGAGUCGGCGGAGGACCUGGAGCAGCUGGGGCAGCAGCUGGCGGACGCCCUCAUGUUGCAGGGAUACGCAAUUGGAGCUACAUUCGAGAAAGUGUUUGAGAUGUACAGGACCCAAUGCAGUUAAGAAAAUGUGUCCUGUGAAGAGGAAAAGAUUUAUAAUUAUCAUGGGUGUUACUUUCACAAUUGUCCUAAAUGUAUUAAAAAUGAAAAGUUCAGAAAGCAGCCCAGGGGAGGAAAUCACGAUCCGUAUCCCCGCAAUCCAGAAAAUUCUGCUACAUUUAGAGAAGCAGGCUAUGUUGUCUUGAAAAAUGGGCCUGUGAAUUUAAGCUGGAUUUGAAACACGAGUGGCCAGGAAAAAGGCGGUCUGGACCUCA